AUGAAGCUUCGGCCGCCAGCAUGGCUGCCGCGCCCUGAGAGUCACAUGGCCGGCUUGUGGCGAAAGCGGUCCGGCGUCGACUUUACAAAGGCCAAGUCUGUGUUCUGGGGAUGGAAGAGUGCCGUGGCCGAGACCUGGAAGCUUCUGGAGGACGGACGGCUACCGCAUGAGGGAAGCCAAAGCUCUGUUCUUCAGUCCAUUUUGGAGCCAGCACACCGGGAGGGAAAGGCCGAGACGGAAGGGGCAAGCAGCCCAAAUGUCGACAGCAUCAGGACCGCGUGGGCGGGCCUGGGCUGGUCCACCAAGCGGCAGUGUGACGAAUGGCCGCAUUUGAUGCUGGCAGCCCUUCGAACAUACCCGGGCCGUGCGCAUCUCAUCUUCCAGGCCACGUUUGAUGUGGAUUUGGUGCCGUCGUAUAUGGCCGAAGACACGAUCAAUUUCUUGCUUCACAUGCGUGAGAGUCCGAAGAUGCAUGAGAAGGCCACCAUUCCAUUCGACACCCCUGCAGCCGAGGAUCUGCUUUCCGUACUGCGGUAUGUGCUUGAAAACAGCCCACCCGACUACUUGCGCCUGCGCCAAUCAUCACUGUAUCUCUUCACGCGCAUGCUGGCCAGCUCGCUCGACAAUGUGGCCGAUCUGUAUCACGAUCUCGUCCGGUACCAGCACCCGAUGCACAAGAAUACACGCUUGCAGAUCGCUGGCCGGUUGGCGGGCAGCCCGCGCCCAGAGCACAAGACACUCGCUGUCAACGUGCUGCAGAGGGCCCUGGCCGAGACGGACCUGGACAUCAACACGCCGCAGGGCGCCGCGCUCUGUACGGCUAUCUUGACGGCCGGCGACGGUGACUCGGUAGAGGCAGCCGAGACUGGGUCCAGCCCCUCGACGCCGGCGGCCACGCCUGCGGAACUGUUCGAGCUCUUGUUGCAGUGCGGCCUCGAACCCAACCUCAUCACGUACACGACCAUCCUCCGCGGACUGUGUCUCAAGCAGGAGCUCGACGCCGCCCUCCAGGUGCUGCAGCUCAUGCUCAGCGAAGCCAAGACGGAGCCCGACGCCUUUGUCUAUUCCAUCCUGAUGAACGGCGCCAAAAUUGGCUGCAACUACCCCAUCAUCCAGCAGGUGGCCCAGUCGGCCGCGGCGCACGGCGUGCGCCAUCCGUUUCUGUGGAACGACUUCUUGCAGGCCAUCUACACGACUGCACUGAACGAGGCGCGUAGGGAUCGGGAGUCAAAACGCCCACGCGUCAUUCCGGCGUUCCCGCUCAUGGUCCAGGCGUACGCCCGCGUGUUCGAGCUGGCACCGCUGCGCAAGCUGCUGCCAGAUGUCAACCUGGACUUUUUCGCGGCCGCCGAUUUUGCCUCCAGUCCGUCUGGUGCCAACAGGAACGGGUCGAGCAGCCGGCUGGGCGCUGGAACCAACAUCCCAUCGAACAGACAUUGGGAGUUUGCGGCCCAGCUGGCACCCACUGUGCACAGUCUGCCGAAGCUGUCGCCCGUCGAGCUGGUCGAGCCAACGGGCUCCACCCUGGCCACGAUGGUGCUCGGGUACAUCCAGGGCCUCUCGAAUCCGUAUGACGUGAUUACAUUCUAUACGCACUUCCGCCGCUUGCUGCAGACGGGCGACCCGAUGGCCACGCGUCUCGUACACGACCAGGGCUCGCAGGUGCACGACUGCGUUAUCAUGGCUCUGACGGAGUUUGAGGGCAUGCUGCGGGCAGCCCUUGAUGUUGUUAGCGAUAUGCUUCGUGAUGCGGCGGCUGCUCUUGAGGGGGGAUCUGCCGCUGCCGCCACGUCAGUCCAAGGUGGCCACCACCCGCCGCCUAGUGUCUACACGUGGUCCAUCCUGAUCAACGGCUUCAUGUUCCACCGUCAGUACAAGCAAGGCGAGCGUGUGCUCAACAUGAUGCGUGAGCGCGGCGUCGAGCCGAACCUGGUCACCUGGAACACACUACUGGCUGGCUAUGCGCGAGCACAGCGGUCUGGUAACACAAUCAGCACGUUCGAGCGUCUGGAACGCACCGGCAAGAAGCCAGACGACUUUACCUACCGUGGCCUCUCGUACCUCAACGACCAGGCAUCCGUGGUCAAACUACUAGAAUUGCGACAAGCGCACGCCGUCCAUGCCGCAGCCGGUGUCGCCGGGACCGCCGUGGAUGCUGCUGUGCCUGUAUCAUCCGAGGCCAUAAACAAGGCCCCGUCGCCUGUUCUUCUCUCUCGCCCUGAACAAAGCGCUGUGUCCAACGUGGGUCGCGGAGCUGACAAUGGCGCUGGGCGGCCAAGAAACUCCGGUGCGGCCACGAACCAUCGUGAACUGACCAACGAUGUGGACGAGCUCCAAGGGCUGCAGGGCGAAGUCGCCGAGAUUGCCAAGAUGAUGGAUGAAGAGCAACGAGACGACGCGGCUGCUGAAAGCGGAGAAGAAAAAAGGGGGUGA